AUGGUGCGUCUGCUCCACGGUGGCAUGAUGACGCAAGUCACAGACAAUGGAGAUAUCUCAGAGGCAUUCGCAGUGACCAAUGGAGUGGAGCAGGUCAACAUCAUCGCGCCUACGCUCUUCAGUCUCAUAUUCUCUGCCAUGCUGAUAGACGCCUACUGGGACGAACGCCCUGGGAUCCGCAUCGCCUGCAGGAUGGACGGCCACCUCCUCAGUCAGUGGCGGAUGCACUUCCAGUUGCGUGCAUCCACAACCACUGUCCACGAACUUCUGUUCGCCGACGACUGCACCCUCAACAUCACCUCGAAAGAGGACAUGCAAAGUAGCAUGGACCUCUUCUCCGCCGCCUGCGAGAACCUCAGACUGGCCAUCAACACGGAAAAGGUGAUUGUCAUGCACCAAUCGCCACACAACACUGCCAUCCCCCACAAUGCGCCGCAAAUCAGCGUGAACGGAACCCUAAUGCAAGUGGUGGCCAAAUUCACGUAUCUGGGCAGCAUCCUCUCCCGCAGCACCAAAAUCGACAAUGAAGUGGCCCGCUGGAUUUCUAAGGCCAGUCAAGCCUUUGGCCGCCUUCAAAGCACAGUUUGGAAUCGCCACGGUCUUCAACUCAGUACGAAACUGAAGAUGUAA